CUUAAAAAAACAAUGACCAUAUCUUAAACCCUACUUCAAAACCCUACUUCAUCUCUCUUAAAGUUAAAUCCUACUUCAUCUCGACCAAAAAAAACAACUACGAAUCCUCAGCUGAAGUAUAUAAAGUGUAAACCUCUUAUUUCUUUCUUUCUCGACGUUCGCAACUUUCUACAAUUUUCCAUCUCAAAACUCUAAUAUGUUGCAAUGGCUAAUUCAUUAAACAACAACGACAAGAGUAGUCAGAACACACGCUUCUAUCACCCUUAUCAGGACUUCAACGUCCCAAGGCUCUACAACCUCCCAACUUCGCCUGAGAAUCUCUUUCCUGAACUGGAAAAUAGGACUAACCGUUGCUGGGACGAGAACCUAGUCUUCUACACCGGCAUGGCCUACCUCACAGGCGCUGUCGGUGGCGGCGUAACCGGCACCCUCGAGGGCCUCAGGGCCGCCGAGAAAGGAGAUUCAUUCAAGAUCGGUGUCAACCGAGUCCUCAAUUCGGGAGGUCAGAGCGCGCGUAGGAUCGGAAACUCGCUCGGAAUGGUGGGCUUGAUCUUCUCCACCACGGAGAGUGCGAUGCACUAUUUCACCGACAAGGAUGACAUGGUUAACAACACCAUCGCUGGGCUCGCCACUGGUAUUUUAUAUAAGGCUGCGGUAGGGCCAAGGUCGGCGGCAAUUGCGGGAGUCUUUGGUGGGAUCGUGGCGGCAGCUAUCGUGGCCGGAAAGCAGACUCUGAGGAGAUACGGUCCCAUAUAGGGAUAGGUUUGAUCUUGACGAGAAUAGAAUUGGGGAUGGUUGGAAUGUCGCCUUAGGCUUUAG